CUCGUUUCGAGUCCCACCAAAGACCUAACAGACCUCUUUCUCGACCAUCAUGGCAACUCUUUUGCCCCCACCGAAACGUCAGAAAGUCUACCACGGAAUCCCAGAACCAGAACCAGAGCCUAUAAAACCUUCACCGAACGUCGUCGUACAAUUUGUGUCCGAGGAGGACGGGCAACCGCUCGCGCCCACGGUAAAUUUGCCCGCUAAUGUUUCUAGGGAGGGAUUAGAGGCACUGGUCAACAAGCUGACUACAAAGGACGAUGACCCUGUGCCUUUCUCAUUCCACAUCGCUUUGCCUGCGGACGUUACCAAGCCUGGAGCGCCCACUCAGCUGGUAAUCGCGAAGUCUAUCGAAGAGGACGUGCUUGCACACCCUUCGAAUGCAUUCACACCUGAAGACGUGUUCGUUGUCCGUUGUUCACCUCAAGCGGUGUUCAAAGUCCGGCCAGCGACUCGAUGCUCCUCAACCUUGUCUGGCCACACAUCUCCCAUCCUGUGUGCCUCUUUCUCACCCACAGGCAAUCUCCUUGCCACUGGAUCUGGCGAUUGCAAUGCACGGCUGUGGGACCUUUUCACGGAGACUCCGUCACAUGUUCUCUCCGGUCACAAAGGCUGGGUGCUCUGUGUCGAGUGGGAAGCAAUGGAGCGUAUACUCGCUACGGGCGGCCAUGAUGGGCACGUCCGUCUAUGGGACCCCAAAGCGGGCAAGCCCAUAGGCGACGCUCUUAGAGGACACACGAAAUGGGUCACAUCCUUAGCAUGGGAGCCGAUCCAUCUGAACCCAUCUGCGCCGCGUUUGGCGUCCUCAUCAAAAGAUGGCACGGUUCGUGUGUGGUCAACCUCGACACGACGGUGUGAAUACACGCUUGGAGGACAUACAGCCAGCGUGAACGUCGUCCGGUGGGGCGGGGGCGGCCUCGAUGGCAAGGGCGUGCUGUACACUGCCUCCAGUGACCGCACGAUCAGGGUAUGGGACGCGAAAGAAGGACGACUCUUGCACACUUUGAAGGACCAUGCGCACUGGGUUACCACGCUGGCACUGAACACAGAUUUCAUAUUACGGACAGGCCCCUACGAUCAUACAGGCAAGAAACCUGUGUCCGAAAACGAGGCUCAAACCCUCGCGCUUGCGCGCUACAAGAACCUUGUGUCCAGCAACGGCGAAACGCUCAUCUCAGGGUCAGAUGACCACACACUUUUCUUCUGGUCGCUGUUCCCAUCUCAUGCUGGCUCCUCCGCCGCAUCGGAUGAAGCUGCCGCGCGCGGUGGAAAGCUCAAGCCCGUGGCGCGACUGACCGGGCACCAGCGCCAGGUGUCGCACGUCGCGUUUAGUCCCGAUGGACGCUGGGCCGCGAGCGCAGCAUGGGACAACAGCGUGCGUUUAUGGGACGGCCGGACCGGUAAAUUCGUUGCAACACUUCGCGGGCAUAUCGGUGCCGUCUACCGGCUGACGUGGAGUGCCGAUUCGAGAUUGCUUGUCAGCGCGAGCAAGGAUAGCACGGUCAAGAUCUGGGAUCUCAAGACGUAUAAACUGAAGACAGACCUUCCUGGGCACACGGAUGAGGUGUACUGUGUGGACUUCGUGGCAGACAAGAUUGUUAGCGGAGGGCGCGAUCGGACGGUGAAAAUCUGGAAGAAUUGAGUGGUCUAUGUCAACAUUGGAUAUAUGAUGAUUGACUGCGAUGCGCGUCAGGUUUGGGAUUACGAGAUGUCCGGAUCAGAUUCCGAGUGCUUCAUGAUGGUAUCCUCGCUGUAUUACUUACGCUUCCAAACAGAGUCUGGGAAGAAGUAGCACCUUCAAGCAUUACAGAAGGGCACGUUGACAUACUCAUAAGACUGCUUCCCAUAUGGAAAGAUCAUUCGAGCCUGGAUAGCGUCGUUUCCUCCGGCUCUCCCGCGUUGUGGCUUACAUCUGUUCCCGUUUACACCGUCCUGUCGAGUUGUUGGUACAACCCUGUUGAAAAGGCCUGUAACUAGAAAUUGCUAACGCGGAGUUUGAG